GUCAAUUGGUAGGCUUUUUGUUUUCUCACACAAUUAGCACUCACAAUAUGGAUACAUUUUCCACAUUUUUCCUUCUUUCGCUACUCUUAUUGUUUUCAUGUCUUAGCCUCUCAGUUGCACAGAACAUAACUCAAAUCAAAAGUGAUGAAUCCAUACUUCUUGCUUUAAAAUCCCACAUCACUUCAGAUCCUCACAAUAUGUUGAAAAAUAAUUGGAGCAGUGGAACCUCGUUUUGCACGUGGAUAGGAGUUACUUGUGAUUCACGUCGUAGCAGGGUGACUAAAUUAGAUAUCUCUUAUAUGCAACUCGAAGGAAGCAUUCCACAGGAAAUUGGAAAUCUUUCUUCACUCGUUUAUCUUGAUAUGAGUAGAAACUCUUUUCAUGGUCGGCUACCAAAGGACAUUUGCAUGCACAACAAUCUUCAAAGACUCAAACUACUUGACUUGUCGUCUAACAAAUUGCAAGGAGAUAUACCAUCGAGUUUGUACCAAUGUCCACAACUUGAGAGUAUUGGCUUGUCAAGCAACAACUUUAGUGGAUAUGUGCCUGCACAAAUUUGGAAUAUCACACUGCUUAAGGUAUUAGACCUUAGUUCCAACAAUUUGAGAGGCCGUCUACCAAAAGACAUUUGCUCGCAUAACAACCUUCAAAGACUCAAACUACUUAGCCUGUGGGCGAACAAAUUGGAGGGAGAAAUACCAUUGAGUUUGGGUCAAUGUACACAACUUGAGAGUAUUUACUUGUCAGCUAACAACUUUGGUGGAAAUGUCCCUCGAGAAAUAGGGAACAUCACACAGCUUAAGGAAUUAUACCUUGAUAGAAACAACUUGAAAGGCCGCCUACCAAAAGACAUUUACUCGCAUAACAACCUUCAAAUACUCAAAGUACUUAGCCUGUGGUCGAACAUAUUGGAGGGAGAUAUACCAUUGAGUUUGGGUCAAUGUACACAACUUGAGAGUAUUUACUUGUCAUCCAACAACUUCGGUGGAAAUGUCCCUCGAGAAAUUGGGAACAUCACACAGCUUAAGGAAUUAGACCUUAGUUGGAACAAUUUGAAAGGUGGUAUUCCGAAAGAGAUCGGUAAUCUUAAUAAUCUAGAGAUAUUAGAGAUGAGUUACAACAAUCUUAGUGGACCAUUUCCAAGACAAAUUUUGAACAUCACAAGUCUCCGUCAACUAGACCUCAGCAACGCCUCUUUAAAUGGCUGCUUACCAAAAGACAUUUGCUCGCAUAACAACCUUCAAAGACUCAAACUACUUAGCCUGUGGUUGAACAAAUUGGAGGGAGAUAUACCAUUGAGUUUGGGUCAAUGUACACAACUUGAGAGUAUUGACUUGUCACACAACAACUUUGGUGGAAAUGUCCCUCGAGAAAUUUGGAACAUCACACAGCUUAAGGAAUUACGCCUUAGUUGGAACAAUUUGAAAGGUGGUAUUUCAAAAGAGAUUGUUUAUCUUAAUAAUUUAGAGAUAUUAGACAUGAGUGGCAACAAUCUUAGUGGACCAUUUCCAAGACAAAUUUUGAACAUCACAAGUCUCCGUCAACUAUACCUCAGCAACGCCUCUUUAAAUGGUAUGUCUGCACUACUCUUUAAGCCAAAACUUUAGUGAAAGAGUUUGGUAUAUCGUAACUAACCAUGAGAAUUGGAAAUAAUAUGUUAUACACAUUUAGUCUUAUGUUAUACACAUUUAGUCUUAUGCAUGUCAU